CCUGGUGGGCGGAUGGGACCGAUGGUCACGCACAGCCGCAUUGUGCCGCCUCGUGGCCCGGCGCCCAACGAGCCUCCAUGUGUCUGCUCCUUUCAUUAUUCUCCUGGAUCGUGCCGGGCUUGGAGGGGCUGCGCUCUAAGGCGACCCUCUAAGGACAGCCAUGAAGUCCGGCUGAUUCUGAAUGCUGCCAUCCUUACCCCGCGGUGCUUCUUAAACUCGGGGUUAUGCUGCGCUUUGUGAAUCUCACGAAAGUUACAGACCUUUCCCCCAAAACGUACAUUUUUAAAUGUACAUACUUGUCUAUAUUUUCAGGCAGUUAAGAACCCAACCCGCCCCCCCAUCCAGUCCAUGGAUUCAUUGUAAUUUUCCCAGCCACCCCGUGAGCUAUAUGACUUUGACUUUCAAGAUCCUCUUCUCACGAAACCUCCAAGCACUUGGACGAAAAGAGCUGUGUUCAUUCCGAGAACAGUCUCAUUGGUCUGGCAUAAGACAGCUCAGUAGUUGGUCAAGAACAGAUCUGCUUCAUGGGCACUUCCUCCUCCAGAGAAGAAAGCCUAUUCUGCCUUUGCAGGGAGGCCAUCUAAGACCACAAGCCACCUGCUUCAUUUUCUUGCCAGGGUCGCAUGUGGGACUCUGCAGUGGCCCAUGUGAGAUGGCUGAGCAACGAUUCUGUGUGGACUAUGCUAAGCGCGGCACAGCUGGCUGCAAAAAAUGCAAAGAAAAGAUUGUGAAGGGCAUAUGCCGAAUUGGCAAAGUGGUACCCAACCCAUUCUCAGAAUCUGGGGGUGAUAUGAAAGAAUGGUACCAUAUUAAAUGUAUGUUUGAGAAACUGGAGCGAGCUCGGGCCACCACAAAAAAAAUUGAAGACCUCACUGAGCUGGAAGGCUGGGAAGAACUGGAAGAUAGCGAGAAGGAACAGAUAACUCAACAUAUUGCAGAUCUAUCUUCUAAGGCAGCAAGUACACCAAAGAAAAAAGCUGUUGUUCAGGCUAAGUUGACAGCCGCUGGCCAGGUGACUUCCCCAGUGAAAGGCUCCUCAUUUGUCACCAGUACCAAUCCCCGGAAAUUUUCUGGUUUUUCAGCAGCCAAGCCCAACAAUUCUGAGCAAGCUCCCUCAAGCCCUGCGCCUAAGACAAGUCUCUCUUCAAGCAAAUGUGACCCCAAGCACAAGGAUUGUCUGCUACGGGAGUUUCGGAAGUUGUGUGCCAUGGUGGCUGAUAAUCCUAGCUAUAACUCAAAGACCCAGAUCAUCCAGGACUUCUUGAGGAAAGGCUCAGCAGGAGAUGGUUUCCACGGCGAUGUAUAUCUAACAGUGAAGUUGCUGCUACCAGGUGUCAUUAAGAGUGUUUACAACUUGAAUGAUAAGCAGAUUGUGAAGCUUUUCAGCCGCAUUUUUAACUGCAAUGCAGAUGAUAUGGCACGAGACCUAGAACAGGGUGACGUGUCAGAGACGAUCAGAGUCUUCUUUGAGCAGAGCAAGUCUUUCCCUCCAGCUGCCAAGAGCCUCCUUACUAUCCAGGAAGUAGAUGAAUUUCUUCUGCAACUCUCCAAGCUCACCAAGGAGGAUGAGCAGCAGCAGGCCCUGCAGGACAUUGCCUCUAGGUGUACAGCCAAUGACCUUAAGUGCAUCAUCAGGUUGAUCAAACAUGAUCUGAAGAUGAACUCAGGUGCAAAACAUGUUUUAGAUGCCCUUGACCCCAAUGCCUAUGAAGCUUUCAAAGCCUCACGCAAUCUGCAGGAUGUGGUGGAGCGGAUCCUUCAAAAUGAGCAAGAGGUAAAGAAGGAGCCAGGCCGGAAACGGGCUCUGAGCGUCCAGGCCUCACUGAUGACCCCCGUGCAGCCUAUGCUGGCAGAGGCCUGCAAGUCCAUCGAGUAUGCAAUGAAGAAGUGUCCCAAUGGCAUGUUCUCUGAGAUCAAAUAUGACGGUGAGCGAGUCCAGGUGCAUAAGAAUGGGGACCACUUCAGCUACUUCAGCCGCAGUCUCAAGCCUGUCCUGCCUCACAAGGUGGCCCACUUUAAGGACUACAUCCCCCAGGCUUUUCCUGGGGGUCAUAGCAUGAUCUUGGACUCUGAGGUACUCCUGAUUGACAACAAAACAGGCAAACCACUGCCCUUUGGGACUCUGGGUGUGCACAAGAAAGCUGCUUUCCAAGAUGCUAAUGUCUGCCUGUUUGUUUUUGAUUGUGUCUACUUCAAUGAUGUCAGCUUGAUGGACAGGCCCCUUUGUGAGCGGCGGAAGUUUCUUCAUGACAACAUGGUUGAAAUUCCCAACCGGAUCAUGUUCUCAGAAAUGAAGCAAGUUACAAAAGCUUCGGACUUGGCUGAUAUGAUAAACCAAGUGAUCCGGGAGGGCUUGGAAGGGCUGGUGCUGAAGGAUGUGAAGGGUACGUAUGAGCCUGGGAAGCGGCACUGGCUGAAAGUGAAGAAAGACUAUUUGAAUGAGGGGGCCAUGGCCGACACAGCUGACCUGGUGGUUCUUGGGGCCUUCUAUGGACAAGGCAGCAAAGGUGGCAUGAUGUCAAUCUUCCUUAUGGGCUGCUAUGAUCCAGGCAGCCAGAAGUGGUGCACAGUCACCAAGUGUGCAGGAGGCCAUGAUGAUGCAACACUCACCCGCCUGCAGAAGGAACUGGACAUGGUGAAGAUCAGCAAGGACCCCAGCAAAAUACCCAGCUGGCUGAAGAUCAACAAGAUAUACUAUCCUGACUUCAUCGUCCCAGACCCAAAGAAAGCUGCUGUGUGGGAGAUCACAGGAGCAGAAUUCUCCAAAUCUGAGGCACACACAGCUGAUGGGAUCUCCAUUCGAUUCCCUCGCUGCACCCGAAUCCGGGAUGACAAGGACUGGAAAUCUGCCACCAAUCUCCCCCAACUCAAGGAACUGUACCAGCUGUCCAAGGAGAAGGCAGACUUCACUAUAGUGGCUGGAGAUGAGGGGGGCUCCACUACAGGAGGCAGCAGUGGCGAGAAUGAGGGCACCUCAGGGACUGCUGUUUCUCACAAGGCACCCAGAGCCUCCCCCAAACCUUCUGCCAGUGCCAGGAAGGCUGAAGGGAAGCUGAGUAACCCUAACAGCAAAGACAGCAACAAGCUGAAUGCAAAGCCUUCCCCUGUGAAACUGGGAGAGAAACUGGCCUUGAAGUCUUCCCCAGUGAAAGUAGGGGAGAAGAGGAAAGCUGCUGAUGACAGCCCAUGCCAUGCAAAGGUGAAGGUGCUGCUGGACAUCUUUACUGGGGUGCGGCUCUACUUGCCACCCUCCACACCAGACUUCGGUCAUCUCAGACGCUACUUUGUGGCAUUCGACGGGGACCUGGUGCAGGAAUUUGACGUGGCCUCAGCCACCCACGUGCUCGCUCCCUUCUCUUCCGGACUGUUCCCAUGUACUACUUCGGAGAUUUUUGGACAAGUCACAACAACACUGAGCAGGGAUAUCUUCACCAAGGCCACAUCCCCAGGCAUCUCCAAAAAAUAAUGGAAUCACAAGAACACACCUAUGUGUACAUGGCCUGGGAUUUGCCUAUGGUUUAUCAGUUCUUAUGUCAGUAAAUCAUCAGACCUCUGGCAUCAUCCUCAGACCAGAUCCGACAGGCAUCUAUCUUGAAACUUUAUUACAAAAUUAUAAAGCAGAGCUUUGUAACAACAACAAAAAUACAUAUUUGGGUUUGCUUUAACACCCAAGUAAGUCUGAGAGAAUCUUAAUAUAAGCCACUUGAAAUAACAUAUUGACAUCCAGGAGAUUUCAACAAAUUUGUACAAUAUAUAUUGAGCACUAAUUCCUGUACAGCUUAUUAGUUUGGAUCCAACUAUUCCAACAUAUGAACCAGUCAGCUGUGCAAGUCUUUUAAACAAGUCUCAACUGCAAUCUCACAGCAAUCAGAGCAAAAGCCAUGGAAUAAUCAAAAGUAUUAGAUGUUUCUAUGACAAUUAAGACCCAAGGAUCCAUGAGGGACAAAAGGGAGAAUUCAAGAAUAAAAAAUCAGGUGUUCUGCCUGGAUUAGAUAUUAAAUGGAAUGGGAUCUUGAAACUGCCAACUUUUAUUUGGUAUAAUAAUAAAGAUAACAAAAAAUCA